CUCAUGGAUUUCCUUUUUCUGUGUGCCAUCUACGAUCACUACAGAUCGAGGAUCUCAGUUUACUUCCAACUUGUUCCGCGACUUGAAUCGUCUGUUGGGUUCUACCCACAUUCGGACAACUGCUUAUCAUCCCGCUUCGAAUGGCCUUGUCGAGCGUUUCCAUCGACAGCUUAAAUCCGCCAUCACAGCUAAUUCACCUGAUCCACAUUGGUCUGAACGCAUCCCAGCUGUCCUUCUUGGUACCCGUAAUACCGUCAAAGAGAAUAUUGGAUGCAGCCCUGCCGAACUCGCCUUGGCACCACUCUCAGACUUCCAGGUGAGAUGAUUUUGCAUUCCCGAGUCACUGGUGAGAUAGAUCCUGUGUCCCACGCCGAACGUCUUAAACAACACUUCCGAACAAUUCGACCUACGUCUACUCGCCUCACUGCUCGCGAACAACGAAUUCAUCCGGACUUACGCACUUGUCCUUUUGUUUUCAUUCGCAUUGAUGCAGUUCGCAAGCCGUUGACACCCCCUUAUGAAGGUCCUUUCAAAGUGUUGUCACGGAAACCUAAGUACUUCAUACUGGAAAGGAAUGGAUCGAAAGAAGCUGUGAGUACUGACCGUCUUAAACCCGCUUAUGUUGAGCCUGCCGUUACUUUGACUGAUCCUCAGUUGUUACCCCCUGUUGGUCAACCGACUGAUUCCAAUGCUCCAGAACCUUCAUGCGCUCGCCCAACGAGUGAUCCCAAGCACACACGCUCAGGACGUUCUGUGUCUUCCCCCUCCAAACUAGCUGAGUUUGUUCCCUAAUUAGCUAUAUCGAGCGUUACCUUACCAGUUCACGCUCUACGGGGGGAGUUAUGUAGUGGUUAUUAAUCUUACACAUUCUGUCUUUCUU